AUUGAUAGUUGUGAGUUGACGGCCAACAGAUCUCUGUACAGCAGAGCAGAUGGGGUUAUUGUGUUUCACAGAGAUAUUAGUUGGGACUUGAAAAACCUUCCCCCGUCUCCACGUCCCCCCUUUCAGAAAUGGAUCUGGUUUCACGUUGAAUCACCAACAAAUACAUAUAGAAUUCCAGGCUUGGAAAACCUCUUCAACCUGACAUUGAGCUACAGACGAGAUGCUGACAUCACGGUGCGAAAUGAGUUGCUGCUUAAAAAAUCCAAGUCACAAAAUGAUUUUAAGCUGCCUGAGAAAAAUAAACUGGUUUGCUGGAUCGUGACUAACAAUGAUCCAAGAACCGGAACAGGUACAAGAGCAAGCUUUUACCAGGAGCUUGUUAAACAUAUAAAGGUAAAUGUUUAUGGUGCUGCCUUCACAGGGGUUCGUUUAGGGUAUGAAGACUAUUACUCGACCAUUGCUAGCUGUAAGUUUUAUCUGGCAUUUGAGAACUCACUUCACAAGGACUACAUCACAGAGAAGGUGAAUGGACCUCUGGUAGUAGGCACUGUACCAGUAGUACUAGGCCCACCCAGAAAGAACUACGAGGAGUUUGUUCCUGCUGAUUCAUUCAUACACGUUACUGACUUUCCUGAUGUGAAGGGUCUUGCUGACUUCCUAAUCCAGUUAGAUAAGAAUGAUGAGAUGUACAUGCGUUACUUCCAAUGGAGGAGGUACCUCAGUGCAAAAGCUCACCUCUUAACUCCUCAUGAUGAGUUCAUCCAACCCAUUUGUUUAGCCUGUGAUUACAUGCUAAGAGACAAACACUACAAUGUUGUUAAUGAUCUGUACCAGUGGUACUUUCAAUGAUUUAAUAAUGACUGUUUUACAUGUGACAAAUUCGUUUGGAAUAACAAUUUCACAAAAUAGCACUGUUUUGUUGUUCUACUACUGCAGUUUUAAAAUUGUUAAAAUGUUAUUAAAUUUACAUUA